AUGUGGAUUCUCCCAGCUGUUAUAUUCUGGAAUUGUGAUAGUUCUACUUUGCCAUUAAUCCUCAGGAAGCAACCAAGUGCAAUGAAGGUUAUUGUGGUGAAUGGUGAGUUAUUGGAUUAUUUUCCAUCCAAAAAUAUCACUUACUUGCUGGCAUCCAAAGUAAACACUGAUUCGUUCAAUCCUGGCUUUGUUUUCAAAAAUCAGUUAUUGUCGGUAAAGAGUCAAGUAGAAGAGGCAGAGUACUGUGUAUUAUUAUAUUUCUAUAUGAGGUUGCUUGGAUAUCCUCCUGAGUCUAUACUUAUUUGGGUAUCUUGCAGGCGGAUGGAAAUAUUAAUUGGAGAAGUGGUAUCCUCAAAGCCAGAUUUGAAGAAAAAGUUAGGAACACCUGAAAUCCUUUAUAAUAAAUCAGGAGAGCAUGAUUAUGUCCGAGUCAGCUAUUCAAUUAUUUCCAUGUUUUCUGAUGAGGGAUAUACUGAAGUCGAUUUUUCGGGAAAGCAAGGCAAUUAUUUUGUUAGCUCUGUUCUCCAGAGAGAUUCAAAGCUUCUUCAAAAUACCAGACUUGGCCCAGGAAACGAUUUAUGUAUUGUUAAGGGUGAAACGUUUGGUGCUAAACAGGAAAGGUCCUUAAAAGGGCAAGAGCAUAAGUUAAAAGGUAUAUCGCAGCUUGAGAAGAUGGUUCGUAGUUUAGAAUAA